UGAACUGCCUAUAAUGUCUUCACUCGAAAGGCGGAAAUCCUGGAUUCAGCUGGUGUCAACAUGAUUCCCAAGGAGAACGUAAUGAUUCUUAGUUAGUAUAAAGUAUCUUUAUUGUUGUUAAGUCGGUUUGAUAAUAGUACGAACAUUGAAUCGCAGUCAGAUCGUAGAUGUUGGUAAACGCAGCGCUGAAGGCUAACCGUAAACAAACAUUCAAGAACGUUGUAGUUUUUUUUUUUUAAAUCGCGUUUGACCCACAUAAACAACAACAUGUGGCUCACUGGUGUAUUUCUAUGGUUUAUUCGGAAAGGUGUGUUUGGUGAUGAUAAGGCAGUUUUGGAGGGAGAUUCUGUCACGCUACACACUGGUCUUACUAAUAUAAAGAAAUAUGAACGCGUAUUGUGGACAUUUGGAACCGACAGAACUCGUAUAGCCCAGAUCAACAACGCCGCCAACAAGGUCUCAUUAUAUGAUGUUCUGGAUGGGAGAUUCAAAGACAGACUGAAGCUGGAUCAUCAAACUGGAUCUCUGACCAUCACACACACCACAACUGAACACACUGGACUUUAUCAGCUCCAGACCGUUGGUGGAAAUGACAUCCCACCAAAGCAAUUCAGUGUUAUUGUUUCUGGUCCUCUGCCUGUUCCUGUCAUCAGUAGAGACUGUUCUUCACCAUCAUCAUUAUGUUUACUGGUGUGUUCAGUGGUGAAUGUGAGUCAUGUGACUCUGUCCUGGUACGCAGGAAUGAGUGUAUUGUCCAGCAUCAGUGCGUCUGAUCUCAGCAUCAGUCUCUCUCUACCUCUGGAGGUGGAAUAUCAGGAUAAAAACACCUACAGCUGUGUGCUGAACAAUCCCAUCAGCAACCAGACCACACAUCUGGACAUCAACACACUCUGCAGACACACAUGUGCAGUGGAUGCAUCGAGUUUCUUACCCUUCAGUCAUGUGAUGAUCUUUGUUGGUAUAUUAGUUGCUCUACUAGUCUUGGCUGUAGCUGGGAUGUUCAGUAUCUACUUGAAAAAUAGAAAAACAGAUCAAAAGUGCCAGACUCCUCUUCCAGAUUACACUGAGCUGAGUAAUGGUGAAGUUGUGGAUGUAAUAAAGACAGUGUCGGUGACGUUUGGAGAGUCCGUCACUCUAAACACUGGCCUCACUGAAAUACAACGCUUCGACGUGUUACAGUGGAGGUUUGGAGAAUUAGGCACGGAUCAAACAAAUCCUUUUUUAGUCAUCAACCGAGGAAAUAAACUGAACAACAGCGGGUGUGAUGAUUAUGAUGAGAGAUUCAAAGACAGAAUACAUCUGGAUCAACACACUGGAUAUCUCACAAUCAAUGACAUCAGACAUACAGACAUUGGCAUUUAUAAACUAGUUAUCACUGGGAUUGGACAAAAUAUGAUCUCCAAAACAUUUAUUGUCCUAAAUUCCAAUGGAUAUGGAGAGACGGCAUCAAAAGGAUCAACGUCACCGCUAAUGAAUGGAGAUGUCUCUGAAACCACUUGUUAGCAACUUUUCCAUUAUCCUUUUUUUUUUAGAUAAAAAUGUUCUGCAUUUAUGAACUGGAAACGGGUUUAAAAUGAACGGUGUUUACCUGUGAAAAAUAUCAGGACAAAGUGUUAUGAUGUCCAUGUUAUGUUGUUUACAUUUUAUAGUGUUAGUUUGAACUUCUUCGGUGUUUAUGAAUGACAUCGUGUAUGUUUGAACGUGUUCUGCCCUCUAGUGGAUCUUAGUUAAAAGUUGUGCUGUUUAAAACAGUGGUAUAAUGUGAAUGAGAGACUGCAGACGGUUUGUUUGAUAACUAAAUAUAGCCUCACUAACAACGAAACACAAAUGCAUUUAUUUAUUUGUAACUGUUUAAUAAAAAUAAAAGUCUCAUGAAGUUGUC